CUUCUCCCAUCCCAGGCAUCACUGUUCAUUUUGAAUGGUCGCAUCAAAGUAGAGAGAUGCAUUUGCGUAGGCGUGAGAUCAACGGAUAAUUCAACCGGCAAAAUGAUGGGUGAAGAUCUUGCGAUCGAAGCCAAAGAGGCGGCUGUUCGCGAGGUCGCCAAGCUCUUGCCUCUACCUGAGCUCUUGCAAUCCAUCGCAUCAAUCAAGGCUGACUACAUUUCUCGGCAGCAGGCAAAUGAUGCACAACUUAGUACAAUGGUGGCAGAACAGGUUGAGCAGGCACAAGCUGGGCUAGAAUCACUUUCCUUGUCUCAAAAGACUAUAACCCAACUUCGUGAGAAUUUUAUUUCUAUUGAAAAGCUGUGUCAAGAAUGUCAAACGUUAAUUGAAAAUCAUGAUCAGAUAAAGCUCCUUAGUAAUGCAAGGAAUAACUUGAACACAACUCUGAAGGAUGUGGAGGGCAUGAUGUCAAUUUCUGUUGAAGCUGCUGAGGCACGUGAUUCUUUGAGUGAUGAUAAGGAACUCAUUAACACUUACGAGAGGUUAACGGCUCUUGAUGGAAAGAGAAGGUUUGCUUUAGCAGCUGCAGCCUCUCACAAAGAAGAGGUAGGCAGACUAAGAGAAUAUUUUGAAGAUGUAGAUCGUUCCUGGGAGACAUUUGAGAAGACGUUGUGGGUUCAUAUGUCCAACUUCUACAAACUCUCUAAAGAAAGCCCACAAACUCUGGUUCGGGCAUUAAGGGUUGUUGAAAUGCAAGAAGUCCUUGAUCAGCAACUUGCUGAAGAAGCAGCUGAGGCCGAGGGAAAUGGAGCAAUGGAAACAGUUGCAAAUCCUCGCAGAAAUACCAAAAAAUCUACCACUACAUUGGCAUCUUCUAGAAACCUAACACAGCAGAAAUUGAAGGUCCAGGGGAAAGGUUACAAGGAUAAAUGCUAUGAGCAGAUAAGGAAGACUGUUGAAGACCGUUUUAGCAAACUUCUGUCUGAGCUUGUUUUUGAGGACCUAAAAUCAGCUUUAGAGGAAGCUCGACUGAUUGGGGAAGAGCUUGGAGAUAUAUAUGACUAUGUGGCUCCUUGUUUUCCUCCAAGAUAUGAGAUAUUCCAGUUCUUGGUAAAUCUUUAUACUGAGAGGUUCACUCAGUGGCUGAGACUACUCAGUGACAGAGCAAACGAUCUUACAAACAUAGAAAUUCUAAAGGUAACUGGGUGGGUGGUUGAAUAUCAAGAAAUUCUGAUUGGACUUGGUGUUGAUGAGUCCUUAGCUCAAGUUUGUUCUGAGAGUGGUGCAAUGGAUCCCCUCAUGAAUGCAUAUGUUGAAAGAAUGCAGGCUACAACAAGGAAAUGGUACACAAACAUCCUUGAGGCUGAUAAGGUACAGCCACCAAAGAAAACAGAAGAUGGGAAGCUAUAUACACCUGCUGCUGUUGAUUUGUUUAGGAUCCUUGGGGAACAAGUGCAAAUUGUUCGGGAAAACAGCACUGAUCUCAUGUUAUACAGAAUUGCUUUGGCCGUUAUUCAGGUAAUGAUUGAUUUCCAAGCAGCUGAAAGAAAGAGGAUUGAAGAGCCAGCCUCUGAAAUUGGUCUAGAACCUUUAUGUGCACUGAUUAACAACAAUCUGCGCUGCUAUGACCUGGCAAUGGAGUUAAGUACCAGUACUUUAGAAACUCUUCCAGAGAGCUAUGCUGAGCAGAUUAAUUUUGAAGAUACUUGCAAAGGUUUCCUUGAGGUUGCAAAGGAAGCUUUGCAUCAAACUGUUAGUGUUAUUUUUGAAGAUCCAGGAGUGCAGGAAUUACUGGUCAAACUUUAUCAAAAAGAAUGGUGUGAAGGACAGGUCACAGAGUACUUAGUUGCAACAUUUGGUGAUUAUUUUACAGAUGUAAAGAUGUACAUUGAAGAAAGAUCAUUUAGGAGAUUUGUUGAAAACUGUCUGGAGGAAACUGUCAUUGUUUAUGUUGAUCAUCUGCUCAUUCAGAAAAAUUACAUCAAGGAAGAAACUAUUGAAAGAAUGAGGCUGGAUGAAGAAGUUAUCAUGGAUUUCUUCAGAGAGUACAUAAGUGUUUCUAAAGUUGAAAACAGAGUGAGAAUUCUGAGCGACUUGAGAGAGCUUGCUUCAGCUGAGAGCUUGGAUUCUUUCACACUUAUUUACACAAACAUCCUUGAACAUCAACCUGACUGCCCGCCUGAGGUUGUAGAAAGACUAGUUGCGCUGCGAGAAGGCAUACCGCGGAAGGAUGCUAAGGAGGUUGUACAAGAAUGUAAAGAGAUUUACGAGAAUGCUCUUGUUGAUGGAAACCCACCAAAGGCUGGUUUUGUUUUCCCGAGGGUGAAGUGCCUAUCUAAUUCCAGAGGAUAUAUUUGGCGAAAAUUAACAUAAGCUCUCCUGGUUCUAAUUCUAAUGCCCUAUUGUAUAAAUCAAGGUUUCUAUCCUUUCCUUUUCUCCUUUCCUUGUGCUUCCGGAUUUAGUUUCCUUGUCUUUUUCUGAUAACUCUCUCUCUCUCUCUCUCUCUCUCUCUCUCUCUCUGGCAUUCACUUGAAUUUCUUUUUCGAUUGGAUACUAUAGAAAUUUUCCCAGUUUUCAAGUGUCAUUGUCCAAGAUGAUUUUCGUUGUAACAUGAGUGAUUUUUAGCUUCGGACUAUUGUGAUUGCCCUGUUCUUAAAGAGAUUUUGUUCUUGUUA